AUGGCUUUCCUUUCGCUCCUCUCUCUCUCUCUUCUGGUUUUAAACCUGGCUGCCGCGGUACCGACUAAGAUUCAAGAUCGAUAUUAUCCACAAAGCGAUGGAAAUCCUCUGCAGGUUGGAGUAGCGUUAUGCUAUACUGGCAGCCAAUUCCCCUCAAUCGACCAAUGGCUUUCGUUCAAUGAGCUAUUCGAAUUAAACAAACAGAUAAUGUUGAUGUUCAACAGCCAAGAGGAAGUGAGCGUUAUUCGGCGAUCUAUAGAAGAGGCUGCCGAAGCAUCUGGUCUUGAUAGCCGAAUCAUCCUCGCGGUCAUGAUGCAAGAAUCCAAUGGGAACGUGCGCACGUCAGCGGGUGAUGGUGUAACUCCAGGCAUCAUGCAAGCUCUUGGAAGCCCGGACUGCUCAGGCAGCGCCUGGGGCAAAUGCGACCCGUCAACGAUUCGAAAUAUGGUCAUGGCCGGUGUCUUUGGCACUGGCAGGACUGAGGGGCUUGCAGCAUGUUUCAAAAGAUAUGGCCAUGCAUAUGGUCCCAUGUUGCGUUGCUACAACAGCGGGAGCGUUCCCGACCUUUCAGACUUGUCUAAGGUCAAAUAUGGGACUCCGGGCUACGUUAGUUUCGUUGCUAAUCGGUUGGAGGGCUUCCAGCCACGGAGGGAUUGCGGCUUUGGAGCUGGAAUUCCGUCACUUGGAUAUUGA